UCCGUUUUAAUUUUUAACCUUGCUCCCCCAUAUUCUUCUAUUAAUUUGAACGGACGCGUGUCCGCGCAGUUUUUAUUACGAAGGUUCAUACCGGAAGUCAUUAAGUUUGUUCAUGCUAGCUUGACAGAAGAUUGGAAAGCGACCAGAUGGAAUUCUGCACUGGCUUCUUAACAGAUUCCACACAUUUUAAAUUGUAUCGCAUACAUUUUUAGCUGACUUUCCUUCUAACAACCAACCCUGGCGUGACAACAAAAGCCUAUCUGGGAGGCUCGGCUGCGCUGUGAACCGGGACAGAAGCGGUCAAGACAUUUGGAUACCCUACCAAACAUCUUCCCACUGUCCCAAGGCGAGUGUGUGUCCAUCAUGCCGCUGUUUGGUAAAUCCCACAAGAGUCCAGCAGACAUCGUCAGGACCCUGAAGGAAAACCUGGCCAUCCUGGUCAAACAGGAUAAGAAGACAGACAAGGCGUCUGAGGAGGUUUCGAAGUGUUUGGUGUCCAUGAAGGAGAUUCUGUACGGUAGCAACGAUAAGGAGCCUCACACCGAGACGGUGGCCCAGCUGGCCCAGGAGCUGUACAACAGUGGCCUACUGAUAUCUCUGGUAGAAAACCUGCAGGUCAUAGACUUUGAGGGUAAGAAGGAUGUGUGUCAGAUCUUCAACAACAUCCUUAGGAGGCAGAUCGGGACGAGGAGCCCCACCGUUGAAUAUUUCGGUUCCCACCAAGAGGUCCUGUUUAUACUGUUGAAAGGGUACGAGACACCCCAGGUAGCGUUGAAUUGUGGGAUCAUGCUGAGGGAGUGCAUCCGCCACGAGCCGCUCGCCAAAAUAGUUCUUCAUUCGGAUCAUUUCCAAAGUUUCUUCAAGUACGUGGAGAUGUCCACCUUCGACAUCGCCUCUGACGCCUUCGCCACCUUCAAGGAUCUCCUGACAAGGCACAAAGUGCUUGUGGCUGAAUACCUCGAACAGAACUACGACGCUGUGUUUGCAGACUACGAGAAGCUGCUGCACUCGGAGAACUACGUCACCAAGAGGCAGUCUCUAAAGCUCCUGGGCGAGCUGCUAUUGGACAGACAUAACUUCACGGUGAUGACGCGCUACAUCAGCAAGCCUGAGAAUCUCAAGCUGAUGAUGAAUCUGCUGCGAGACAAGAGCCCCAACAUCCAGUUUGAGGCCUUCCAUGUCUUCAAGGUUUUUGUAGCGAACCCCAACAAGACGCAGCCCAUCGUCGACAUCCUGCUCAAGAACCAGACCAAACUAAUCGAGUUCUUGAGCAACUUCCAGAAGGAUCGCACGGAUGACGAGCAGUUCAACGACGAGAAGACCUACCUAAUCAAACAGAUCAGGGAUCUGAAGAAACCGCCGUCCUAGAGAAGCAUCCCUCCUGUGCCCCUCACCCCUACUUUUUAUCAAUAGGAAGACAUACAGUAGAACAAAACCCCACAUUAACAAUAACGGUUAUUCUAUUUCAAUCUUCAAGACGUUAUUUGCCUUUUUUACUCUUUGUUGGUUCAUUUGAAACUUGUGCAAAGUUUCUUUUGUCAUUUUUUUCACGUGACACCUUGUUUUUCUUUCAUCUGUAGCAUGUAGUGUUGGAGGCAGCAGAUUUGCUGUUGGGAGAACCAGCAAAAGCUUCGGACAAAAUGCUCCGACAAAACAGACAUGACCAAUUUUUUUUUUUUUUUUUAAUGCUAUUACAGUCACCAGUUGCAGAUGCUCCAUCAGUCUCUGCACUCAAAUUGAAUUUUCUUUUAUCUAAAUGAAGUAGCUGCAAAAAACAAAACUUAGAAUGAAGAAUUAAUGCUUUUGUUUUUUUAACAGGGUCAAUGUGUCUGGUCGUCAUCGCUAAAAGCUUUGUUAGCCAAAUGGCAGCAGUAAUUCUCAGUUGCCUCCUGCUUGCCAAACGUCUCUUUCUUAUUGUAACUGCCAAAGCCAAUGAUGGAUCAAGUGUUGUCCCUUUUUAGCAUUGCCAAUUCAACAAGGAAAAAAAGGCUGAAGCAGUUCUCCGAAAUUGAGAACACACUACAGGAUAUAGCCUAUAAAGGCCGAUUUGUCUAUGAUAAUAGCAUUCAAAGAUCCCAAAGAUUUGGCACUCAGUAAGACUAAGAGAGAAUAUAGGUGUUUUAGUCACUGUUGACCAAAAAUCACCAACAUAAAAUAACAAUUGUAGGAAUAUUUGAAGUCUUUAAAAUGAAGGGCCUUCUUAAUUGAACAUUGAGCUAUCCAUUGGUACGGUAAGCUUCAAACAUUUUGAUCAGUGGUUGUCUUCGCCGGUGGCUGAUAGCACUUUCUGUACGAUAUGAUUUUUUUGUGCGUUAUACUUAAGCUGAUCACUGUUUUCACAAAUGCUCGAGAGAGAGAUAGAGAGAGAGAGAUUCAUUUCUUGUUUGUACACCUGAAGUGAGUGACAACAGGAGGCACUUUGCUGUGUGGAGGAGAGCAGCUGUAAAGAUGGCUGUUUGGGUUUUCACUCCUUUUUCUUUCGGUAUUGUAUGUAACACGUGUUUAGCUCUGAUUUGGAUCUGAUGUUAGAAACAGGUGAGAAGAUUCAGAGGUGCCUUUAUGGUUUGGCGUUAUCCUUUUUGUUUUUUUGUAUUUUCAGUAUCUUUCCAGGGGGAGCUUAAUUACUGUGUUAAUGAAAAUAUGCUCUGGAUAGAACAUAUUAGUUGUGAUUAAGCAGUGAACCUCUUAAUUCAAUCUAUUUAAGUUACGCUGUCAAAGAAACAUUUUGGCUGUCAUUGUGUACGGACCAGGGUCUCAGCGUCACUUUGAGUUUCAAUGUGCGAAUUACAAACUGGGUCGGCUACAAACUCAUCGGGAGACUUGUCGCAGAGGCCAAAGCUGUAACUGUGAAAAAUCCACAUGUAGUUAAAGGACCAUAGAAUGUGCAAAAUCAAUACAUACAUUGGCACUUAUGUCAGUAAAUUUCUGAAUUUAUUUCCCAAUCAAUAUCUGAUGUGCGUCUAUAGGUUACUUUGAGCUCCCACAGAUGUUUACUGUUUAAUGUAGUCAUGAUGAAUGACAAUUACAAGCCUCUUAACUUAGGACACUCUAAACUGUUUCACAAACAUUUAAAGACUAAUGUCUACCUGCCACAGUGAAUCGUAACAGUAAAAAGGCAGUAGUAGAGUGCAGUUGGUCGUAAACCUGUGAAUUGUCAUUCUAUUCUUUUCAUCUGAAGUAGAAGAAUAAAAAAAAAAAAUAGUUUUAAGCUGUGACAUAUCAUACUUUAUCAGAAUACAACAUGAGAUGCAAAAGUGGGCCAACCAGCUACGUCUUUGCUUUUUAACUAAAACAAUGAGCAACUUUGGUCCCAGCAGAACUCUACAUCAUCUUCUCGGUGUUUUCUCUGAAAGCAGCUCCCUUCAUUUCCACAUUGAUGCUAUUGUACCACAUUCACGACAAAUAAAAGGAUGGGAAUGCA